UGUACGGGAAGAACACAUAGGUGAAAUAAAACUCAGCUGUUUGGUUUUAAAAUUGAGAUAAUAAGCGUCAUCCUGUCAGAAUGUCAGUUAAGCACGCUAUCAGUCGAGGUCUCGAACUUGGGCGCUCGGUUUUCCAGCUAGGUCUCCUAAAACCAGCUGGCCGACUAGCAGCGAAGUUCCGAGGUGAGCGCCUUCGCGUAGGCCAGCCGGCUCGCACCGUUCAGCCUCAGACUUUCCUGCCUGCUCGGUACCGAUACUACCGCAUGUCUUUGAGCGGCCUUGCUGCUCAGCUCCAAUCGGGUGGUUUAAGGAGACUAGUUGGUGGCGGGUCACUAAGGAACAGAGCUGUUUUCUUGGCUUUCGGCGUCGGCUUGGGUCUGAUAGAGCAGCAGUUGGAGGAUGACAGGAAAAGUGCCGCGACUUGUCAAGAAAUUCAGGCGAUAUUCAGGAAGACAAAGUUGCAGAACUCUUUCAAGCCCUUCACAUCAGGAUACAAGCUUGAGGACUAUGUGAUUGGGAGGCAGAUAGGCAAAGGCUGUAACGCCGCAGUGUAUGAGGCUGCUGCUCCGUUUGCGGUCCCCAGGGAGCAUGGGACGUGUUCCAUAAAGGAACUGAAUCAAAACAAAGACGAUAACAAACUAGCAGGAUCCUUUAGAUUUUCACCCACAGCCAACUACCCACUGGCAGUGAAGAUGAUGUGGAAUAUUGGGGCUGGUUCAUCCAGUGAGGCUAUCCUUAACUCAAUGUCUCAGGAACUGGUCCCAGCUGGCCCUCAGGCUCUGAAGCAGGAGAAGGGAGAGAUUACACUAAAUGGUCGGGCACCUACAAGAGUGACUUCACACCCCAAUGUGAUAAAAGUUUACCGGGCUUUUACUGCGGAGGUGCCCCUGCUGCCUGGUGCUCAGGAAGAGUACCCUGAUGUUCUGCCCGCCAGGCUGAACCCCACUGGCAUGGGAAACAACCGCACCCUGUUCCUGGUCAUGAAAAAUUACCCCUGUACCCUGCGUCAGUACUUGCAGGUGCAUGAGCCCAGCUGGAGGGAGGGAUCCCUCAUGGUCCUACAGCUGCUGGAGGGUGUGGACCACCUCUGCAAACAGGGCAUCGCUCACAGGGACCUGAAAUCAGACAAUGUGCUCCUGGAGUUUGACUCAGUUGGUUGCCCUCGCUUGGUGAUCACAGACUUUGGAUGUUGCCUGGCAGAGAAAAAUCUAAAGCUACCUUUCAACAGCCGGUGGGUGAACAGAGGUGGCAACGCUUGCCUCAUGGCUCCAGAGGUGGCAACGGCAGUGCCUGGACCCAACGUGGUGAUUGAUUACAGUAAAGCAGAUGCGUGGGCUGUAGGAGCCAUCUCUUAUGAGAUCUUUGGGCAGCAAAACCCAUUCUACAGCCCAAAGGGCUUGGAGUGUCGUAGUUAUCAGGAGAAACAGCUUCCUGCACUGCCUGCCAGCGUGCCUGCUGAUACACAACUAGUAGUCCGACUGUUGUUGCGUAGAAACCCAAACAAGCGUCCCAGUGCUCGAGUGGCAGCCAAUAUGCUUCACCUCGGUCUAUGGGGCAAGCGAGCCCUGGCCAACCUGGACCAAGCCAGCAUGAAGAAGAUGGCAGACUGGCUCCUGUGUCAGUCAGCCCUGGUUCUGUUGAAGGGCCAUGGACCUGACAGAAGCUCAGUGGAGGGCGAACUACAAAGAGGCUUCCUGUCCAACCUCGACUUUGAGGACCUCCACACUGCGGUGGGGUUCCUCUUAUAUGGCAGAGAGCAACAUCUGUGCAUCACCCCCUGAUAUCCUGUCUGAUAACCAUGAUAAGCUUUGGAGUGUAUGCUCUCAGAAUUAUCCUUACAGAUUAGCACAGAGGAUUGUAGAGAGCAGCUUGAUUCACCCUGAAUAGAAAAGCAUUUUUUUUCCUUCUGUUGUUAUCAUGUUUGCUGUUGUUUGCACUUUAUGACCUACUUGCACUUUGUCUGUGUUAAACCUGAAUAGUCCUCUGCUAUUUUAAGUGUAUAUUUUCUUCUCUUUAUAACUUUCAACUGGGAAAAUAUCUAACGUUUGAACAUAGAGAUUUAAAAAGUAUUAAGAAAUGAACCCUAAACCGUCCUGGGAGUAUCCAGGCAUCUCACUUAUUUUACUUUCACUCGUCUGUUUAGUGUUGAUUUAUGUUAUUAGGGAUACGAAGCCUCAAACUAGUCAGGAAUUUUGAGGUAACAGCAUGGUCAAUUUAAGUAAAGGAAAAUGGAUAAAGCAAUAAUUAAUAAAGGUAAGGAAAGAAAUACAUCAUAUGUAUGUUCUUACAGUUUUACAGCCUGUAAAACUCAAUAAACAGCCAGACUGUUACUA